GAUCCCCGAGUCUGCUUCGGCGCCGCCGAGCACCGCCCGCCUCAGCCAACCAGCCCCGUCGGCUCCGGGGCCUCGCUGAGCCGAGAGGAAAGAAAGGCGCAGGCGGCUGCGUGGAGGCGGCGGGGGCGCGGGCGGAGGCGGCGCGGCCGGCCGCGGCUGCCGCUUUGUUGUGCGGCCCGGGCCGAGGAAGGAGAAGUGGGAGGAGGGGGGAGCUCGGCGUCCCGCUCCCUCCGCGGCUCAUGGCGACGACGCUCGGCACAUCCGGGACCCUCCGGCCGUGGCGGCCGCGGCGCCGGCUGCUCGGGCCCCAGCCCCGGCCGCUGUGGUGACUCUGUCGCGCCUUGCCGUCGCCCUCGCCCCGCCUGCCGGCCCCGCGCCGCGGCCGCUGCCCCGCCGCCGCCCCCGCCGCUGGGGACAUGUCUAACCCUGGGGGCCGGAGGAACGGGCCCGUCAAGCUGCGUCUGACAGUACUCUGUGCAAAGAACUUGGUGAAAAAGGAUUUUUUCCGACUUCCUGACCCAUUUGCCAAGGUGGUGGUGGAUGGAUCUGGGCAAUGCCAUUCUACAGAUACUGUGAAGAAUACACUCGAUCCAAAGUGGAAUCAGCAUUAUGACCUGUAUAUUGGAAAGUCUGAUUCAGUUACGAUCAGUGUAUGGAAUCACAAGAAGAUCCAUAAAAAACAAGGUGCUGGAUUUCUUGGUUGUGUUCGUCUUCUUUCCAAUGCCAUCAAUCGCCUCAAAGACACUGGUUAUCAGAGGUUGGAUCUAUGCAAACUUGGGCCAAAUGACAAUGAUACAGUUAGAGGACAGAUAGUAGUAAGUCUUCAGUCCAGAGACCGAAUAGGCACAGGAGGACAAGUUGUGGACUGCAGUCGUUUAUUUGAUAAUGAUUUACCAGAUGGCUGGGAAGAAAGGAGAACUGCCUCUGGAAGAAUCCAGUAUCUAAACCACAUAACAAGAACUACUCAGUGGGAACGCCCUACACGACCGGCAUCUGAAUAUUCCAGUCCUGGCAGACCUCUUAGCUGCUUUGUUGAUGAGAACACUCCAAUUAGCGGAACAAAUGGUGCAACAUGUGGACAGUCCUCAGAUCCCAGGCUGGCAGAGAGGAGAGUCAGGUCACAACGACAUAGAAAUUACAUGAGCAGGACGCAUUUACAUACUCCUCCAGACCUACCAGAAGGCUAUGAACAGAGGACAACUCAACAAGGUCAGGUGUAUUUCUUACAUACUCAGACUGGUGUGAGCACAUGGCAUGAUCCAAGAGUGCCUAGGGAUCUUAGCAACAUCAAUUGUGAAGAGCUUGGUCCAUUGCCUCCUGGAUGGGAGAUCCGUAAUACGGCAACAGGCAGAGUUUAUUUCGUUGACCAUAACAACAGAACAACACAAUUUACAGAUCCUCGGCUCUCUGCUAACUUGCAUUUAGUUUUAAAUCGGCAGAACCAAUUGAAAGACCAACAGCAACAGCAAGUAGUGUCGUUAUGCCCCGAUGACACAGAGUGUCUGACAGUCCCCCGGUAUAAGCGAGACCUGGUUCAGAAACUAAAAAUUUUGCGGCAAGAACUUUCCCAACAACAGCCUCAGGCUGGCCAUUGCCGCAUUGAGGUUUCCAGGGAAGAGAUUUUUGAGGAAUCAUAUCGACAGGUCAUGAAAAUGAGACCAAAAGAUCUCUGGAAGCGACUAAUGAUAAAAUUUCGUGGAGAAGAAGGUCUUGACUAUGGAGGGGUUGCCAGGGAGUGGUUAUAUCUCUUGUCACAUGAAAUGUUGAAUCCAUACUAUGGCCUCUUCCAGUAUUCAAGAGAUGAUAUCUAUACACUGCAGAUCAAUCCUGAUUCUGCAGUUAACCCGGAACACUUAUCAUAUUUCCACUUUGUUGGACGAAUAAUGGGAAUGGCUGUGUUUCAUGGACAUUACAUUGAUGGUGGUUUCACGUUGCCUUUUUAUAAACAGUUACUUGGGAAGUCAAUUACUUUGGAUGACAUGGAGUUAGUUGAUCCGGAUCUUCAUAACAGUUUAGUGUGGAUACUUGAGAAUGAUAUUACAGGUGUUUUGGACCAUACCUUCUGUGUCGAACACAAUGCAUAUGGGGAAAUUAUUCAGCAUGAGCUUAAACCAAAUGGCAAGAGUAUCCCUGUUACCGAAGAAAAUAAAAAGGAAUAUGUCAGGCUCUACGUCAACUGGAGGUUUUUACGAGGCAUCGAGGCGCAAUUCCUGGCCCUGCAGAAAGGAUUUAAUGAAGUAAUUCCGCAGCAUCUGCUGAAGACAUUUGAUGAGAAGGAGUUAGAGCUCAUAAUUUGUGGCCUUGGAAAGAUAGAUGUUAAUGACUGGAAGGUAAACACCCGGUUAAAACACUGUACACCAGACAGCAAUGUUGUCAAGUGGUUCUGGAAAGCUGUGGAGUUUUUCGAUGAAGAGCGACGCGCACGGUUACUUCAGUUUGUGACAGGAUCAUCUAGAGUGCCUCUGCAGGGCUUCAAAGCUUUGCAAGGUGCAGCAGGCCCGCGGCUCUUUACCAUCCACCAGAUUGAUGCCUGCACGAACAACCUGCCAAAAGCCCACACGUGCUUCAAUCGAAUAGACAUUCCGCCCUAUGAAAGCUAUGAAAAGUUAUAUGAAAAGCUGCUAACAGCCAUCGAAGAAACAUGUGGAUUUGCUGUGGAAUGACAAACGUCAAGGAUUUACCCAGGACUCUAUUUAUACCCCGGACAGCCUCCUUUCAGCAGAGUUUCAAGGAAUGCUGAAAUACAGGAAAAUGCCCCCACCCCCACCCCUUUAAAUUUUAGGACACUGUGAGGGGAAAGGACAAUUUUUAAAUUCCUUUUCAAGGGAAAAAAAGAGGUCUUUAUGUUUUGCCAUGAGGCCGCAUUCAGCUGCUAUUUAAAAUUAAUAUCUUGAACCUAAAGAAUGCUGACUUUUCCUACAUUUCCAGAGUUAGGCAGUAUUCUACACUUAAAGACUACUACUAUUUUUAUAAAAGGUAAUCUAUUCAAAUUGCUUCACAGAUUUCAAGUCUCUCAAACAUCGAGACAACUUCAGCAGUCGGUACAAGUCACAUUUCAUUUUGAUUGAAUACAUGAAUUUGAACAGCUCCUGUACUUGCUCUUUGUAAAAAAAAAAUGAAAUAAAAUUAUUUUGAAUUAUUCUACCUUUGUAAACAAUUGGCUGAAAGAAUCAUUAUCUUUAAAAAAUUAAGCCAUUUACAUGUUUAAGUACAUUUUUCUAUAGCAAAGCAUUAUAUUUUAAAAGCAUUAUAUGUUUCAACCUAGCCUAAGUGAGUCUUUUUUAUAUUUUUCAAGCACAGAUUUCCUGGAAUACAGCUAUAUAAUUUUGUUUGUCAACUUUUCUAAUGCAACCAUUUAGUCUAAACUUAGUAGCUUAUUUGCUACAAUAGGAUGCUUUCAGGGGCUCCCUGUUUUUAAGAGACUUAAAAAAAAAUCCUAAUUUUUUAAAAUCUUGAAUCAAUAUGACCAGGUGUUUUGGAUUUACUUCUCAUCUUAAACGGAAAUCCUGCAUUUUUAUAGCUUUCAGAUCAUGUGGAUGGGAUGGGAUUUUCAUUCUUUUGUUGGGUCAGCUUAUCUUUAAUAUAUAUAUACAUUAUUUCUGUAAACCAAAGUCUCCUAUGACAAGUACACCUAACUUAUAUAUUAAUUACGGUGUUAACUUUCUAACAGGUAAACCAUUCUGAAUCUUUGUUCAGCUGCUCAUGAUAUUUUAAUCAGCUAAAUUUAUGAAAAAGGAAAAAAUUGCUUCAAAGAUUUUUUUGCAAACUUAGAAAACCCUGCUUUUACCCAAUAAAAUGAAGUGAGGGUGGUGGGGCAAGGGAUGUGAUUACUAAAGAAACUGAUUCUAAUUCUAUGGCAUAAAUUAAAACUGAAGAGUGAAUUUUGGAAGUAAGGGAACCCAGUUCCCUUGGUGUUGGAGAUCGGCAUCUGAUUUUGAAAUACCCAGAUUUAGCUCUCGGUGUGUGUGGCGUGGUGCAUGAUCCACGAGGCAACCAACAUUCUGGGUGAGGGGUUAGAAAAAUCUGAAAUCAUGGCUGGAUUUGUAAACUCAGCCGUCAGAAAUCGGCACUAUUCUUUCUUUUUACGUUGAUGUGAAAUCAAGAAGAGCACAUUUUGAUGACGUGGCUUUGUUUAAAUUUUUCAGUUUAAUUAUCAAGUGAAUUAGACCCUUUGUGUUCUUUCAUUUGAUGGACUGGUCUUCAGUCUGUGUCCUUGGAGCCAAGGGGUUCCUCCGAGGUGCCUCAGAAGUAAUGGUUUGAGAGAGGGACAGAGUGAGAAGGAGAGGAAAGGCCUGGUUGGUAUUUCAGCAGGGCCUGUAACUCCCCACCCCCGCCCUCCUUUCUCCGAGCAGCUCCGUUUUUCUCUUUUAUGUAUCGGAAUUCCAAGUAAGUGUUCCUGUACGGAGGGGUGCAGGGGGGAUUAAAGAAGUGGACAUUUUGCUGCUUAAAAGACAAGUGGAGAACUAUGCGUGUAGUUUCUAAGUGUUUAAAUUCAUUUCAUUCAGCUAAAUUUGCUAUGUGCAAGCUAGUCCUCGUCAUAACUGCAAUGGUCAUGUGCUUAUGCCGACCUUUUUCUUCUCAAACACUUGGUGUUUUCCUACUGCAUUAGUACCGAAGAACAUCUGUACAGAGAAGGUUUGUAUACUACCUGAUUAUCAGUAGUCUGCAGCUUUCACAAUAGCACCUUCCUGGUUGCAGGUUCAUCUCUCUCUUAUAUUUAAGCACUAGUACAGUGUAAUCGUGCCUACUCUUAUAACCUUUCAGUAAAGAUGAAGUACAUGAACACUAGAGAAAUACUGACGGAUGCAGUAAUAAGGAAAUGCUACUAUCAUCAUGUACAAUAUCAAGCAGGCAAAUACCAUUGCUUUUUGAGUGCCUUUUUAACUUUAUAAUGACAACAGAGCUUUAAAAGAAAUCAAUUACCCUAAUGGUCUGUGGUAUCACCAACAUAAUUUAUAAAAAACAUGAUGAUUUAGAUUUCGUUUUCAAAAGUAUGUUACCUGAUGACUCCCGAAUAGGUGCUAAGCAAACAACACCCCCCAAUGUGUCCUUGAACCUUGGACUUGCACCUCAUGUUUAAUGUGAAUAUUUAUUUCCACAUGUCCCUCCCUCUUAACUGGGUUUUUUUCUAAUCCUUCCUUUAGUUGUGUUAUUUCAGAUAUGUGAUGCUACGUUUCCAUACAUUGCCUUUCCAUCACGAAUGCUUAAUUACGAACAGUGGUUACUUUGUAGAGCUCAUAUGCAGUGCAGAGGUGAGUUUAUUUCAGAAGGUCUUAUUUCUUGGUGUAAAGAGUUUUUAAAUAGUGCUGUGUAUAGUGUACAUUUUGUUUUGCACAUAGUUUGUUGCCUUGAAUGGGUUUUAUUUUUACCAAGUCCUUUUUUCCCCCUUUGUAUUUACAGCCCAGAGCACAAGUUUCCUUGCUUUUAAAUACCAUGUAAUUUGCUUUAUUUUACAACACUAAGUCUGCUUUGAACUUCCGGUGCAUUGAACUGAUUGCGUUGAUGGGAGUUAGAGAUUGUUCCAGCCAUCUUUACAGGUUGAUAGAGCAGCUCCUUCUGCUUCUGUUUUUAAGCUGCAGCACCGCCAACGGGUGCCGUUCGUGGUAUUUAAUGUUCUUAUGUUAGGAUGAUGAUUGUACCAAAUGCUGAGUUGUUUUGUUUCUAGAUGUAUAGUUCACUUAAUGUAAUAUUCUUCCUUCUCUCAAACUGACUUUAAAAACAAAGUUUUAUCAUUUUCAUUGUAUUUGUAUUUAUUACAGAGUGUUUUAGCUUUGAUAUUCUUUGUAUUUUCACUCAGUUGUUACAUGAGCUUUAUCAAUAACAUCUGUAUAAAUGGUUUUUAAAAAUUAACUAUGUAUGUGCCCAUGCUGAAGUUGAGCAAUAAAAUGAAUGCUGUUUGCACUGUCACAGCA